UUGAGGAGGCUUCAGUGGAGGAGUGACACCGCUCACCGGGGGUGCUCACAGUACAGAAUGAUCCAGAUUCUUGAACCACGUUCUCUGCCCCGAUCAAUAAUGCCAGUUGAUGUUGCGGUUAGAAUAUGCUUGGCACAUUCACCUCCGCUGAAAAAAUUUCUCAGUCCAUAUGAAGAUAUCCGAGGAAGAAACUUUGUGAAUCGAUUCAAACCUCUAAGGCCAUGCCUCACUUUAAAAAAAGAGUCUGAUUCCAGGAGCAGUGAGUGGAACAGGUCCAAGGCUCGCAACAAAAAGAAAGUUGUAUUUGCAGACUCUAAAGGACUCUCUCUCACUUCGGUUCAUGUGUUUUCAGAAUUUAAAGAAGAACCAGUGACACAUCUCCAGUUUGACCUUAUUGAUUUGGAAGAUAUCACAGCGAGUUUAAAACUUCAUGAAGAAAAGAACUUAAUUCUGGGAUUCACCCAGCCAUCCGCCGAUUAUUUGCAGUUCCGCAACCGCAUUCACAAAAACUUUAUUUGCUUGGAGAACUGCAGUCUUCAGGAAAGGUCCAUUGCUGGUACCAUCAAAGUGAAAAAUCUGAGCUAUGAAAAAAUGGUGAAGGUCCGCAUAACCUUUAACACCUGGAAAACCUUCUCAGAUGUUGAUUGCACAUACAUGAACAAUGUGUAUGGAAGCACGGACAGUGAUACAUUUUCAUUUGUUAUCGAUAUCCCUCCCAACACUCCCAGCCAUGAAAAAAUUGAGUUCUGCCUAUCGUAUGAAAGUGAAGGCCAGAUGUUUUGGGACAACAAUGAAGGACAAAAUUACUCCGUGGUUCACGCAGAGUGGAAAUCCGAUGGUGUGCAAACUCCUACACCAAUUAAGCCAGACGCAACCUCAUACAAAUUCCAAAGAAUGAAACCACAGAGUGACUUGUAUGGGUUUGGGAGCCCUAGAACAUCAUCUGGGCUCUUUCCUGAAUGGCAGAGCUGGGGUAAAUCUUUGAACACAUCACCAUACUGGUAAAGAUAACCAGCCACUAGCUAUGGGCCCUACCGAGCUGAAAGUUCUCUAUGUCUAACAAGCCUGGAGUGUAAACAAGCCAACUGAUCUUUAAAUCUGAUGCUUGCAGAAACACUAGAUUGUCUCGUCAUAAAGAGUAUAAUCAAACGCAGCAAGUUUUUAUGAAAUACACAUUAAGGUUCAAAGAUAAGAACUUAGUAUGUACUACUUACAUUUGGAAACACUUUGCUUGAACAAACAGCCUUUCUACCAAUGAUUAUCCUAUGUACUACACACGGCAGCGUAGCGGGAGCCUGUGUGAAGCAAAAUACAAUGUUGCUUGUUUUAGAAACAGUAAGAAGACGCUUCUUUCGAAGGAGACAGAUUAAGGCUUACCAACACUAGAAGAUAAUUACAUAAUAACGGUCUCACAAGUAGCAAGGUUUAGAAUCAGCCUGCGAUUACAAGGAUUAAGAUUCAACAGAGAGAUACAUCAAUGAGACAAA